AUGGAGAGUUUAAUGACAAGAGCCUUAGGAAUGUUAUGGGACCUUAAAGAAGACUCAUUCAAGUUCUCAAUUGAGCUCAAGGAUAAUCCAUUCACCAGAAGAGGAUUGUUAUCAACUAUCUCAUCAUUAUAUGAUCCCCUUGGGUUGCUUUCUCCAAUCAUCUUUCCAGCCAAGAAACUGUUACAAGAAUUGUGUCAAAUUGAGAGUCUGGACUGGGAUGAGAGGAUUCCAGAUGAGCCAGCUGAAAGGUGGCAACAUUGGAUACAAGGUCUUCAUUUACUGGAGCAGCUUUCAAUACCAAGAUGCUUCAAGUCAAGUGGUUUUGGUAAUAUGAUAGGUUCAAGUCUUGUAUUAUUCAGCGAUGCAAGUACAGUUGGUUAUGGUGUUGCAGCAUAUCUUGUUCUUCACGAUGGAAACCAAGUUCAGUCAAAUCUUGUCAUGGGAAAAUCAAGAGUAUCUCCCAAAAAGGUGGUGACUAUACCUAGGUUAGAACUUACAGCUGCAACUGUGUCUGUCAAGGUUGCUCAACACAUCCUGAAGGAGUUGGAGUUCACUGUUGGCAAGGUAGUGUACUACACAGAUUCAACAACAGUCCUUCACUAUAUUCAUAGCAACACUAAAAGGUUCCCUGUUUUUGUAGCCAACAGAGUCAGGGUUAUAAGGGACUACUCCCAGCCUGAGCAAUGGAGAUUUGUAAACUCCAGUGAUAACCCUGCUGAUGUGGCAUCAAGAGGUAUUAGUGUACAUCAUUUUUUGCAGUAUGACGAAUGGUUUCAUGGCCCAUCAUUUAUUGCAUCUGAUUAUUUGCCUUCACAGGAGUAUGUGUAUGCAGAUUGUGUUGGUGGUAAGAGUGAACAUGUGUCUGCGGUCACAAUUUCUGAAGAACAUCAUGGGUUUACAAGAUUGAUUGAAUAUUUCUCUUCAUGGUCAAGGUUACAAAAGGCAGUUUCUGUAUUUCAACAACUAAAGUCAAUCCUUCGUGGUAAAAGGAAAGGUUGUGUAACCACUGAUGCUGAAAGGGCAAUCAUAAUGUAUGUUCAACGGGAGGUGUUUGGUGAUGAAGUGAAGGCUUUAUCAAGGGAAUUGUCAGUUGGCAAGAGUAGUCCAAUAUAUAAGCUUGAUCCCUUUCUUGAUUCUGAGGAUGGCUUAUUGAAGGUUGGAGGUAGGAUAAGAAGGUCUGACAUUCCACAGUCUGCCAAACAUCCCAUACUGUUACCAAAGAAGCAUCAUGUGACUACAUUGUUGAUACGACAUGAGCAUGAAUUAUUAGCUCAUUCAGGUAGAAACCAUGUUCUCUCAAAUCUAAGGCAGAAGUAUUGGAUCAUCAAUGCUAAUGCAACUGUCAGGAAUGUGUUAUUUCAUUGUGUUACUUGCAGGAAGUUGAAAGAACCAGCUUUGAGUCAAAAGAUGGCUGAUCUUCCAGCAGACAGAUUGGAACCUUCACCACCAUUCAGUAAUGUUGGUAUUGACCUCUUUGGACCCUAUUACAUCAAGGAAGGAAGAAAGGAGUUAAAGAGGUAUGGUGUGAUAUUUACCUGCUUGGUUAGUAGGUCAAUUCAUAUUGAAACUGCAAACACUUUACAAUCUGACUCUUUCAUAAAUGCUUUGCGAAGAUUUGUUUCUCGAAGAGGUCAUCCCAAGGUUAUCAGGUGUGAUAAUGGAACUAACUUCCAUGGGGCUGAGAGAGAAAUUAAGGCAGCCUCUUGA